AUGCUUCCUAAACGGGCAUUGUGGUCAGAUAUGAUAUUCUUGGUGGAAACAGCGACAGUCAGUCGACAGCGAAAACGAGUAGCUCUAAAUACUUCGACAAAUGAAAAGACCUUAAGUCAGUGGAUAGAGGCUGAGUUGGAGCGAGACUUCAUGAGACGUGAUGUGGACGAUGAAGAAGUGGAUCCAGAUUUCUGUUUGCACAGUGAUCAUGACUCGGCUUCAGAACAUUUUGAGGAUGAAGAAACUCAAUCUCAACGACAAAGAUCACCCCGCAGUUCAGUUGCGAUGCAAGAUUCAGGUAUAUCUUCAAUACAAGAUAACAUACACACAGAAUCCCGAAGAUACUACAUAGGUAAGAAUGGUUUUAAAUGGUGA